AUGUCCGCGACAAAGGAACUGACAGUUGGUUUGCUGAUCGUCUCCGACACCGCCGCUGCAGACCAUGCCACCGACCGGGCUAUAGACACUCUAACCGCGGUGAUAGCCGAAGCAAACGCCCAAAUUCAUAAUAACGCCUACGAAUGGCUUGUUGAAGAACGAAGAAUCAUUCCUGAUGACACAGAAAAAAUUCAGGAAAAAAUCAAGGAUUGGUGUGAUAACAAGGCGUUGAGUUUGAUUCUCACGACUGGAGGAACUGGAUUUGCUAAACGGGACGUGACGCCAGAGGCCGUUAGUGAAUUAUUGGAUAAAACAGCAAGUGGAUUAGUACACGGAAUGCUCGCUGCCUCUUUGAAAAUUACGCCUUUCGCAAUAAUGUCCCGCCCAGUCGCCGGUGUACGUGGUGAUACGGUAAUAGUAACAUUGCCCGGAUCACCCAAGGGCGCAAAAGAAAAUCUUGAGUCCAUUAUUAAGCUCCUUCCGCACGCAUGCAUCCAAGCUGCAGGCGGGGAUUCUCGCGUUUUGCAUUCAGGAGGAAUUAAAAAGCUCGAGAAGGAAGCUGGGGUAGCUCCCCCUAGCGGAGCGCAUGAUCACCACUCACAUUUACAUGAGAGCGGAGGGCUAGCGUCGGACGACGCCGUCGGAAUGACAAGUGGAUGUGGUCACCAUCAUGGGGGUGGUGGGCAUCAUGCACCUACGCCACGAACCCAACAGGGUGGAGAGCUUAAGUCCAAUGAUUUGACCGGAGAUGUCGCCAGACGGCACAGAAGCUCUCCAUAUCCAAUGAUAUCUGUCAAGGAAGCACAUAAACUUGUGGUUGAGAAUAUAACUGCGCCGGAAAUUGUGAAAAGGAAAGUGGAUGCGAAUUUAGUUGGGUAUAUACUCGCGGAGGAAGUAAGGGCGAAAGAAUCUGUCCCCGCGUUUAGAGCUAGCAUCGUCGAUGGGUAUGCUAUCGUGCAUACCGACGGUGUCGGUAUCUAUCCUGUCGUUGGAGUUUCACAUGCUGCACCGGGUGAAAUCAAGCCUUUGGAGGCAGGGCAAAUUGCCAGGAUUACCACUGGAGCUCCUUUGCCGCCUGGUGCUACUGCAGUGGUAAUGGUCGAAGAUACAAGAAUCGCAAAAACAACCGACGAUGGGACUGAAGAGCUAGAGAUUGAGAUCUUAGCUAGCGGGCUUACUGAAUUGGAAAAUGUUAGAGAGGUUGGGAGCGAUAUGAAGACGGGUGAUUUGCUCUUGAGUAAGGGGGCUGAGAUAACAGCUGUUGGCGGGGAAAUAGGAUUACUAGCUAGCGUUGGAAUAGUCGAGGUUGGGGUCUACAGGAAACCAGUAGUCGGUGUGCUAUCGACGGGUGAUGAGAUUGUGCAGCAUGACAGGGCUGGGGAUCUUAGUAUUGGAGAAGUGAGAGAUAGUAACCGACCGACGUUACUAGCAGCGAUAACAGCUCGAGGCUUCGAAGCCGUAGACUUGGGAAUUGCGAAGGAUCAACCUGGGACAUUGGAGGAUGUUCUCAAAGAAGCCCUUUCGAAGGUAGAUGUGAUCAUCACCACAGGUGGUGUCAGCAUGGGUGAAAAGGAUCUUUUGAAGCCAACUAUUGAACGGACGUUUAAUGGAACUAUCCAUUUUGGUAGGGUGGCAAUGAAACCCGGAAAGCCGACUACAUUCGCCACCAUCCCCACCGAAGGCAAUAUAUCGAGACCGAUCUUCUCACUACCAGGAAACCCAGCCUCCGCAACCGUCACGUUCCAUCUAUUCGUUCUUCCUGCGCUCCGGCAACUAUCGGGAUUCAUUGGCGAAGAUAUUCACCUUGCAAAAGCACUUGUAACUGUCGAGGAAGAUUUGGUUUUGGAUCCUCGACCGGAGUAUCAUCGUGCUGCUAUAAGGAUCGAUAAGUCUGGAGGCUUAGUGGCAAGGAGCACUGGUGGGCAGAGAAGUAGUAGGAUUGGAAGUAUGGAGGCUGCGAAUGCGUUACUCUGUUUACCGGGAUUAAGUGAAGUUGGGGAUAAAAGAACUAGGAUUCCGCGAGGAGAUAAAGUUGAGGCGUUGAUUAUUGGGGAGUUGAAGGUCUUGGACGUUUAA